CCAGUUUGAAAGUGAAGCAGCGUCUCCAGUCUCAGCCUCAGCCCCCAACAACAACACCCGAGACCCGAAAAAACCACGAAAAAACCCCGAAAACACCCCGCACCCGAGACCCGAGACCCGCUCCGUGCCCGCUCCACCUGACCCGGUCCUGCAGACCAGCCGCCAGUAUGAUGCGUAAAGACGUCAACAAGCCGAAGGGGAAGACGUCGGCGUACGCCUUCUUCGUCCAGACGUGUCGAGAGGAGCACCGCAAAAAGAACCCCGAGCAGUCGGUCAACUUCGCCGAGUUCUCCAAGAAAUGCUCAGAGAGGUGGAAGGGGCUGUCUCCCAGCGAUAAGAAGUGUUUCGAGGACAUGGCCAAGGCCGACAAAGUGCGCUACAACCGAGAGAUGAAGGACUACGUCCCCCCCAAGGGUUUCGGGAAGAGGGGUCGCAAGAGGAAAGACCCCAACGCCCCCAAGAGACCCCCGUCUGCGUUCUUCGUGUUCUGCAGCGAGUACCGGCCCAGCGUGAAGCAGCAGUAUCCGGGUCUGUCCAUAGGAGACUGCGCCAAGAAACUGGGAGAGAUGUGGAGCAAACUGUCCCAGUCUGACAAGCUGCCGUACGAGGAGAAGGCCCAGAAACUACGGGAGAAAUACGACCGGGACAUGGUGGCGUACCGCGGCGGCGGCACGUACGCCAGGAAUCCCGGCUCUUCAGCUCAGGGAGGAGAGGAAGAGGAGGACGAAGAGGGCGAGGACGACGACGACGAGGAGGACGACGACGAGUAGAGGGCGAGACGGAGCUGAGAGUGUCGGAGAGAGAGAGAGGGGUGUGUGUGUUUCAGCAGUCAUCAGGUGAGGGGGUGGGGCUUCACCGUACACGUCAGAAACAAACAUGUGCAUCUCAGAACAUCGCCCCCCCAUAAUGGAUGAAGUCCCUCGCGCCUGCCGAGGACCUGCCGGUAGAAACGAUGACGCGCGUUUGUGUCACGGAUCGCCUGGGUGACGGUAGCGGCGGCGUGACCCGCCGUGCCGCUCCGCCGUCACUCAGAGCCCACCGGUCCUCUACCCAGGGAUCCCUCCGCCGCAGGAACACCCACCACCAGGAUCACACGCUCGCAGGACCGGGGUUCAUUUGGGUCUCGGUGUCACAUGACCCGACCACGUUGUGUUUCUGAUGGCGCCGUUUGUUUCUGACAGGAAGUGAGGCGUUCCGCUCUGAGACACACAACCUCUGUGUGAGUGUGUGUUGCCUUCCAGUAAUCUGUGAGUGUGUGUGUGCGUGUGCGUGUGUGUGUACCUACGUGUGUAUGAGUGUAUGUGUGUGUGUGCGUGUGUGUGCGCGUGUGUGUGUGUGUUGGUCAUCGGAUGUUAAACUGUCCAACACCACAAAAAAGUAGAGUAAACCCUUCACUGUUACCACGGUUACCCUGCACCCAACCCUGUGUUUCCAUGGAGACCCUCCCCCACUCUUUGUCAUCAUUAUGUUGUUUUUAUUUUCUUACUGGAGUUUAUUGGAGUGUUUCUGUUCCUCGUUCACUGUCAGAUUAGAAAUGUUGACUUUUAUAAUAAAAUUUCAACUCACAACAA